AUGAUGACGACGAUGAACGGCAUGAAGAUUCAAGACACGUUUUACAUAUCCCAUGGAUCCCCUACUUUGUCAAUCGAUGAAACUAUGCCGGCGAGGCAUUUUCUUCAAUCAUUUCAGCAAAAAGUGUAUCCUGCUAAUGCUCCUCGACCUUCUUCUAUCCUUGUAAUCUCCGGUCACUGGGAGACUACGUAUCCAACGGUCAACGUCGUCGAUGGCCCUUCUGACACCAUCUACGAUUUCUAUGGUUUUCCCAAAAAAAUGUAUCAGCUCAAGUACCCCGCACCCGGAGCUCCAAAACUCGCCAACCGGGUCAAAGAACUCCUUAUGUCAUCCGGUUUCAAACGGGUCGACCAAGAAAAAAAACGUGGGCUAGACCACGGUGCGUGGGUCCCACUAAUGCUAAUGUACCCAGAAGCUGACAUCCCUGUAUGCCAACUCUCGGUCCAAACAAACCAAGAUGCCACAUACCAUUACAACAUGGGUAAAGCCUUAGCACCCCUAAAAGACGAAGGAGUGCUAAUAGUGGGCUCAGGUGCAACCACUCACAACCUCAAAAUGCUACGCAACACCCCCACAGUGCAACCCUGGGCCCACGAGUUUGACAUGUGGCUCAAGGAAGCUUUGAUUGAAGGAAGAUAUGAAGAUGUUAACGAGUAUAAAGAAAAGGCCCCACAUGCCACGGUGGCACACCCGUGGCCCGACCAUUUUUACCCGUUGCAUGUGGCCAUUGGGGCCGGGGGUGCGGAUUCUAAAGCUGAACUUAUUCAUCAUAGUUGGGGCUUGUCAUCACUUUCGUAUGCAUCGUAUAAAUUCACAAGCCGGGUGUGACUUGUCUAUUUGUUUGUGGAUUACUAGGUUGUGUGAAUAGGAUGUUGUACUUUAUUUGGCUUUAUAUAUGUAAAGUAUUUUUACACGCGACAUUGUAGUCUUUACUUGUUUAAGCAUA